AUGAAUCGAGGGUUGCUACUGAAGUUUGAAAAUCUGAUCCAGUUACGUAGUGCUUGCCGGCAGCUGCGUACUCUCUCCUACAGAAGAGUUUACAGAGCACAAUGGAAGCCUGUGCAGUCAUCUGCACACCCCAUGUCGUCCCUUCUUCUGUAUCCACACUUCUGGCAAAAACCCAAAUUGGCCACUGUUGCCUUAUCACAAUGCAGGCAUCUAGCUACAAAGGAGGAGGUAAAAAAGAAGAAAAAGAAGAUGCCACUGACAAAAGGUGAAGUGGAGAUAAAGCAGAGGAUGACUAUUGAGGAACUUGCGGCAGCUAUGGGUAAAGACAUAGAUCAUAUUUAUGAAGCGCUGCUAUACACAGAUGUGAAUGUCAAUUCACUAGAACCAGAUUCCAUCUUACAUGAAGACCAUAUCAAGCUAAUUGUUAAAAAAUCAGGAAUGAAGUAUAAAUCAGCAAAACUCAAAGAGGAAAAAGAAAGAGAAAACACAGAUGCUGUGAAACGGCCUCCUGCAGACCCAGCGCUUCUAACCCCGCGGCCCCCAGUUGUUACUAUUUUGGGGCAUGUCGAUCAUGGGAAAACAACCUUACUUGACAGUCUACGAAAAACUCAAGUGGCAUCAAUGGAAGCAGGAGGCAUUACGCAACACAUCGGUGCUUUUCUUGUGCAUUUGCCUUCUGGGGAAAAGAUAACUUUUCUCGAUACGCCUGGACAUGCAGCUUUUUCAGCCAUGCGAGCAAGAGGUACCCAUGUCACUGACAUCGUCAUACUGGUUGUAGCGGCAGAAGAUGGAGUAAUGCAACAAACUAUAGAAUCCAUUCAACAUGCUAAAAAUGCGGGAGUUCCUCUUAUCCUCGCCAUUAAUAAAUGUGACAAGCCUGAGGCUGAUCCUGAAAGAGUGAAAAAGGAAUUGUUGGCUCAUGAUGUGGUCUGUGAAGAGUUUGGAGGCGAUGUUCAAGCUGUAAAUAUUUCUGCGCUCAAGGGUGAAAACCUGAUGGUUUUAGCCGAAGCGACUGUUGCCUUAGCAGAGAUGUUAGAACUGAAGGCAGAUGCCACAGGUCUGGUAGAGGGGACCGUAAUUGAGUCUCGAAAAGACAAGGGGAAAGGGUAA